GGUGGGGCCGGGUGGGGGCGCGCCCCGGGACCCGAGAGCUCAGCCGCGGGCUGACGCACCGUCGGGGAGUUGCGCCCUGACCUUCCCUCGCCUUGUACUUUCUACGCGAGCCCCGCUGGACACCGACCCGGAACCAGCCUGGCCGGGAAGGCGGCCUGGGCGCGGGGAGUGUCGCGUGGGCCGAGCGAGGAGCCGACGCUGCCUUCCUAGUUGACAGUGCCCGGCGCGGGUGGCGGAGAGCGCGGCGCAAACUUUCCGCCUGGCCGCGGCCGCCGACAGAUUUGAAAGUUUUCUGGUGGUUCCUACCAGAGCCAGAUGUUAGAGAAAUGUUUUACAUUUCUCUGGAGAGUGAAGUGACCAAAUACAACCCAGGCUGUCAAAGAGAGCAGUCACAGGUCCUUGAGGUUGCGCAGCAGGCGGCGAAACCACUGAGCUAAAUCUCCGACCCUUGAAGCAGUAAUAUUGAUAGAGGAAAAAUAUGACUCCCAACCUGCCAGAUGUCAGAUGUGUUGAGUUUGUGUCCCUCGAAACUGAAGAAUGAAUUCCAAGGAACAACAGAGGAUUUUGGAAAGUGACCAUGAAGAGUGAAGAAGUUACAUUUCUGAUACUUGGAAGUUAGUGACUGCUUACCACAUUUUCAUGAAAAUUAAAUAUGACUUAGAAGCACUGAAGGUUUAUGAUGUCAUCAGUUUCGACAGAAAGCAAACUCCAGCAGGCUGUGAGCCUGCAGGGAGUUGACCCAGAGACAUGCAUGAUUGUGUUUAGAAACCACUGGGCACAGGUUAUAAAAAUCUUAGAGAAGCAUGAUCCCUUGAAGAACUCCCAGGCAAAGUAUGGGUCCAUCCCUCCAGAUGAGGCCAGCGCUGUGCAGAACUAUGUAGAACACAUGCUUUUCUUGCUAAUUGAAGAGCAAGCCAAGGAUGCUGCAAUGGGGCCAAUUUUGGAAUUUGUGGUCUCUGAGAACAUAAUGGAGAAGCUCUUCCUUUGGAGUUUGAGACGGGAGUUUACUGAUGAGACUAAAAUUGAGCAGCUGAAGAUGUAUGAGAUGUUGGUCACCCAAUCACACCAGCCUCUGCUGCAUCAUAAGCCCAUUCUGAAGCCUCUGAUGAUGUUGCUUAGCUCUUGUUCAGGAACAACCACUGCAGCUGUGGAGGGGAAGUUGGUUGUCCUCCUAAAUCAGCUGUGUUCCAUCCUUGCCAAAGACCCAUCCAUUCUGGAACUCUUCUUCCACACUAGUGAGGACCAAGGGGCUGCCAACUUCCUUAUCUUCUCCCUCUUGAUUCCCUUCAUUCAUCGUGAAGGGACAGUUGGCCAGCAAGCUCGGGAUGCUUUGCUGUUUAUCAUGUCUCUGUCAGCUGAGAACAGCAUGGUGGCCCAUCACAUCGUGGAGAAUACCUAUUUUUGUCCAGUACUGGCAACUGGUCUCAGUGGGCUGUACUCCUCCCUCCCCACAAAGCUGGAAGAGAAAGGUGAGGAGUGGCACUGCCUCCUGAAGGAUGACUGGCUCCUGCUUCCCCCGCUGGUGCAGUUCAUGAACUCCCUGGAGUUCUGCAAUGCGGUCAUUCAGGUGGCUCACCCCUUGAUUCGCCACCAGCUUGUCAAUUAUAUCUACAAUGGAUUCUUGGUCCCGGUCUUGGCUCCUGCUCUUCAUAAGGUGACUGUCGAGGAGGUUAUGACCACCACUGCAUACCUGGACCUUUUCCUGCGCAGUAUCUCGGAGCCAGCGCUGCUUGAGAUCUUCCUCCGUUUUAUCCUGCUGCACCAGCAUGAGAAUGUUCACAUUCUAGACACUCUCACGAGCCGAAUCAACACCCCUUUUCGGCUUUGUGUGGUGUCCCUGGCAUUAUUCAGAACUCUCAUCGGUUUACAUUGUGAAGAUGUGAUGUUACAACUAGUUUUAAGGUACCUGAUCCCCUGCAAUCACAUGAUGCUGAGUCAGAGGUGGGCUGUGAAGGAGAGAGACUGCUACUCGGUGUCUGCUGCCAAGCUGCUUGCCUUGACCCCCAGCUGCUGCGCCAGUGGCAUCACCCUGACUCUGGGGCACCAAGAGCGGGAUUACGUUCUCUGGUCAGAGUGCACACACGAUGGCUCAGGACCUACCCCAAAGGGUUGUCCAAGGACAAGUGAAUUAAGACACAUAGAGUUCUUAGAAGACUGUGUGGCAUAUAGGCCUGCAGAGCCGCUGCCCGAGACACCCUUGCCCUCAGCCUGCAUCGUGGAGCGUGGGAAGGCCCUGGACAUCAGCUACCUGCAGUACCUGUGGGAGGCCCAUACCAACAUCCUGUGCUGCAUGAGGGACUGCCGUGUCUGGUCCGCGCUGUAUGAUGGGGACUCGCCCAGCUCCGAGACAUUUCUGUGCAGCCUGCGGGAGGAUGGCCCCGUGCGCUCGGUGUGCCUCGGGUCCCAGCUCCCGCAGCACCUGGGGAAGGGUGGCUCUCAGCUGACUCCAGCCAAGGACAAGGGCCAGACAGAGCUGGAGUGGGAUGACAGCUACGACACAGGCAUCUCCUCGGGGGCUGACGCAGGGUCCCCUGGGGCUUAUGAUGACCUGGAGACUUCUGGCCCCCCAGUGCCCGUUGAUCCCCCUAAGCACAUCCAAGAGAUGAAGAAAAAUGCCAUCUUGCUUUUCAAAGGGUCCUACAUUGAGGAGUCGGACUUCCAGGACGACGUGAUGGUGUACAGGCUCUGUGCAGAGAAGGAUGCGGAGGAAGCCAGGGACUCACAGGAGGAAGCUGCAAGGCCGCCACCUGAGGCCCAGCCUGAGGUUCACAGUUCCCCUGUGAACAGCAGGCCCCUCAGUCCCCCGCCAGAGUUGGAUUCAGAGGGGGAACACAAGAUGGACAAUUCAGACCUGUUUCAGAAGAUGUCCAAGGAUCCAGUGCAAGAGAAUGUGCCUGAGAUAGCCCCAGGAUCAGAGCCAGAGUCAGCAGCCCCCACCUCUGAGGCAGAACACAGUCCAGACCUGCUGGUAAUCGGCCCAGCGGGCGAAGACUUCAUUUCACAGUAUGACCAGAUCAUUAGAGAGCUGGAUGCGGGCUCUGAGAGAUUGAUGGACCAGAGCUUUCUCACACCACAGCCCUUGCUUCUCCCCAGAGAGGAGGAAGGCAGGGAAGAAGAAUGCCGAGGAGAAAAGGACGGGGUGGAGGAGCCGCAGCAGAAGGAUGUGGAAGCGGAGGAGGACGACUUUGACUCUCUUACAGCAGAAGCUCCUGCUGUGGCGAGUGUGCCUUCCCCGUGGGGGGCAAGAGAGGAGGCUGCCUUUGCUGGCCACCAUCCUGUGAGGACUCCGAGCACUCCGUUCACAGGCCCAUUCAUGAGCGUGGUCCUCUCUAAGCUGGAGAACAUGCUGGAGAACUCACUGCACGUUAACUUGUUGCUUAUCGGGAUCAUCACACAGCUGGCCAGCUAUCCCCAGCCCCUCCUGCGCUCUUUUCUGCUCAACACCAACAUGGUCUUCCAGCCCAGCAUGCGCUCCCUCUACCAGGUCCUUGCAUCUGUGAAAAACAAGAUUGAGCAUUUUGCCUCUAUGGAGAGAGACUUCCCAGGCCUCCUCAUCCAAGCCCAGCAGUACCUGCUCUUCCGGGUAGACAUGUCCGACGUGACCCCUGAGGCGCUAACCAAAGAUCCCAUUCAGGAGGCUUCCAAGACUGGAAGUAGCAGGAACCUUUUGGAUGGUCCCCCACGAGUGCUUCAGCCCUUCCUGACCAGCAGAGCCAGGGUGGCCGGGCCACCUCCAAACCUGCCCCUGCCGGUGAGGAACACCAUGCUGGCUGCCGCUCUCUUCCCCGAGUUCCUGAAGGAGCUGGCUGCCCUGGCGCAGGAACACUCCAUUCUGUGCUACAAGAUCCUGGGGGACUUUGAGGACUCCUGUUGCUAGUGUUUCAAAAAAUUGUCUUCAUAGACUCUUGUUUUAUAAGGUUGUAGUAUCUUGACUGAAUGUUAAAUGCAAAGCUGCUUGUCAAAUUCUA